GUCCUGUAGGUGGCAGCACGACGCUCAAAUCCAUCCAGCUGGUCGGAAACGCAGAAGAAGAAAAAUCCGUAUGGUGUGUGACGUAAUCUCUUCCCCAUAACCUCCAUCUUUCACUGCCGCAUGUCUGUGCGGAUAUUUGACCAGGUGACAAGAUGAAUCAAGAAAAACUAGCAAAACUUCAAGCCCAGGUCCGGAUAGGAGGAAAGGGUUCUGCGCGCAGGAAGAAGAAGGUGGUACACAGAACUGCAACAGCUGAUGACAAAAAGCUUCAGAGUUCACUUAAGAAGUUGGCUGUCAACAAUAUUGCAGGGAUUGAGGAGGUUAACAUGAUCAAGGAUGACGGGACUGUGAUCCACUUCAACAACCCCAAAGUUCAGGCCUCUCUGUCCGCCAACACCUUCGCCAUCACGGGCCACGCUGAGACCAAGCAGCUGACAGAGAUGCUUCCCGGCAUCCUCAGUCAGCUGGGAGCAGACAGCCUCAGCAGCCUGCGCAAACUGGCAGAACAGUUCCCUCGGCAAGCUCUCGACAGCAAGGCUCCAAAGGCAGAGGACAUUGAGGAAGAGGAUGAUGAUGUUCCAGAUCUGGUGGAGAACUUUGAUGAAGCGUCAAAGAAUGAGGCAAACUGACACACAUGAAGCUCAUGUGUACACGGGCUGGACUGCAAUGAAGCAAGAAACCUUCUGCUGUGUUUUUAAGUCUAGUCAUCCAGACAUAUCAGACACUAUCCCCACAAACCAGAGACUUUUCUAUUUUACGAUGGAACCACGGAUGUCCGAGUCAGACUGGCUUGUGCACUUGAAACAAAUAAAAUAAAAAAUACUCCCUUCUGGUAAAUGGUUAAAGCCCUUCACCACAUUGUCAGUCAUGGUCAGGAUUACUGUGGUCAUUAAAGCUAGUCUUAAGACUUUUUGUUUAUGAAACAAAAUAAAGGUGAUUAACAUUUU